AGGUUUUUAGCUCCGUCUCCAAUUGGGACUCUGAUCCUCUACGACGUCCUCAGUUCCUGGUUACAGAGUUGUUGCUAGACCGGUAAACAAGGCGAUGUUUUUGGAAAUAAAGUUGUUUUGCGGUUAAACUGGACAUAAACGCGACACUAUGAGCUGGAUUCCAUUUAAGAUCGGGCAACCGAAGAAACAGAUCGUUUCAAAGACGGUUGAAAGGGACUUUGAGCGGGAAUAUGAGAAGCUCCAGAAGUUGGAAGACCAAACGAAAAAGCUGCAUAAAGACAUGAAGAAAAGCACAGAGGCUGAUACAGCUAUGUCUAAAGCGGCCACGAAGAUAGCCGGUGACUUGCUGAGUAACCCGCUGUGCGAGCAGGACCAAGCCUUCCUGGAGUCUGUGAUGUCUCUGGACACAGCCAUGAAACGAAUGGAGGCAUUCAACCAAGAAAAGGUCAAUCAGAUUCAGAAGACUGUGAUUGAUCCUCUGAAAAAGUACAGCAGUGUGUUUCCCAGUCUGAACAUGGCGGUGAAGCGGAGAGAGCAGGCCUUGCAGGAUUAUAAGAGACUGCAGGCAAAAGUGGAGAAAUAUGAGGAGAAGGAGAAGACUGGACCCAUCAUGGUCAAACUCCAUCAGGCAAAGGAAGAGUUGAGGCCGGUCAGGGAGGAUUUCGAAGCCAAGAAUAAGCAACUGUUGGAAGAGAUGCCCAAAUUUUACAACAGCCGCAUCGACUACUUUCAGCCGAGCUUCGAGGCGCUUAUCCGAGCCCAGGUGGUGUACUUCACAGAGAUGCACAAGAUCUUCAGCGACCUGACAGAUCAGAUCGAUCAAGGCGGCCUGACGGACCAAGAGCGAGAACAGCAGAACGAAUCCAAGCUCAACGAACUGCGUGCUCUGUCUAUCGUAGCAGAUGACUGAAGUAAAAGCAGCUCUCUCUCUCUCUCUCUCUCUCUCUCUGCACCAGCUUUUUUCCUUUAUUCCUUCCAUCGGAUUGUUCCUCGACGGUCAGACCGGCUGUGGUAUGGAAUACCGGUAGAGAAGAGGUAGAGAUUGUACCUUUCUUUGUUUCUCAACCUCCGUUCAGGUGGUUGCUCUUCAUCAGUCUGUUUAAACUCCUCUUCGUGAUCAGGGUUACGGUUAGCUUUCCGCUUCUCGAUGAUGGUAAAACCAGAGGAAGGCUUCCUCAGGCAGAUACACUACACUCUGAACUUGUACGAAGGGAGCGCAAUUUCUGAAAAGUGAAGGAUCUCACUGGUGAGUAGAGCAUCACUGGAACCGUGCUUGUUCUUUAUGUACGACUUGUGUAUUCAAUACACAGCAAAGGCAAGAAUUCAUUAGGGCUCAUCAUCUGUAUCUCCGGCCUUCGCUCUGAACACUAAAACCCCGUCUGCGCUCCAUCUCAGAGAUCUCAAAGAAAGCAAUAUCUAGUAACUUAAUACUAGCAUGAAGUAUUUAUUCAUUGUUGAUCGAGUAUUUAAACUGUCUGAAGUGAAUUCAGUUUGUCUCCGUCAUUACAAUCUGUUACCCGGUACUGUAGCGCCCUCUACUGACCCCACAAAAAUACACUGAAUUUUUACUCGUCUUUGUGUUUAAACGUCUAAUUUUUUUCCCCCACUACAGCCAUACAGUUUCGGGACCAACCUCUAAAAAAAAAGAAAACAGCUGUUUUCCCUUUCCUGAUGUUCACGUCGUCUUCGUUUUUUAUUUUUAUUUUUUAAAGCGUUCUUGGUUCUUUGUUUAGUUUCAGUUCUCCAUCCUUAACCGCACCUCCGUGUCAUUUCUGUUGAAAUAUGUGCCUUUAUCGUCAUCGUGAUAUCGGAUCAUCUCUCACAGCAUUCAUCUCUUCUUCAUUUGUUUAUAU